AUGUCAAUGUCAAAUGCCUAGUACCUACUAAUCCAAUCUCCACUCUCCAGUACUUCAUAACUUUUAAUGAAGUAGUGUGUUCUUUAAACGAAAAAAUAUUAUUUAAAAUGUAGCAGUUGUCAAAUAUACUAAAGAGACGAUGAGAUUUUGUCUCUCUUUCUGAUUAUUUAAGAUCGUAAACACUAGUUUAGCCCUAUAUUGUAGUGUUAAAGAGCAAGUUAACACUGGUAAUUAAUACAAAAUAGUACAUACAGUGCUCCACAAACAAACAAUAAUUGAUAAGCUGUAAAUAAAACAUUUAAGAGAUUCAGGAUGAAGCACCUAGCAGCUUGGUAUCAGAAAAAAAUCAGUUCCUAUGACAAGGAAGAAUGGGAGACAAUGGUGGAACAGCUCCUGAUGAGAGGAACAUACAGACGUCGGAUCAUAGACUUCACAUCCCAUCCAAGAUCAUAUCUGAUAGAUGUUGAUCUAGUCAGAGGAUCAUCCUUUCCUAAAGCAAAACCGACCUUAGGAGUGCGAAGGGUCGUAUGGUUUGCGUUGGUGCGACUCUUCUUCCUACCAGCUCUAUACCAAUGGUGGGCUCAACAAACAUCACCAACGUGUGCUAAAUUCCUGUUAGCACUGUGGCUGUUACAAGUAAUAAAUAUUACCAUAGAUUUCAUAGCCCCGGUGUCUUUGGACAUUGAUUCCUAUUCAUGGAUAGUGCCUCUUGGUCUUAUGAUAGUCCUAAGUAUAGUGCAUUCUCAAAUAGUCAGCACUACUGAAAUGGAACUCGCCAGAGUAAGACCUCGUUCAGCAUAUCGGAGGAAACUACCUAGGUAUAUAAGAAAAACCCGAUCUGACUGCGAUGGCGGUAGCGGCGGUGGAUCUGCUGAAAGUGGUGCAACUUCAAGCCACAGCAAAACUCCUCUCACGAAAUCAUCAAAAUUCAGGCGAAGGCUCUCGAGAUCUGAUUCAACUGAUACAGGGAUGCGGAAACGUAAAAAGGAAGUGACCAAAAAUAAUGACACUGUAUUACAUGCGUGCAAAGAAAAAAAUACUGCGAAAGCAAAAGUUAAAGAUUCAGACGACGAGGAUUAUAUGUCCUGGAAAAAACCAGAAGAAACAGCGCCAGUGGUGACGUUCACUCCACCAGCUGACGAGGGGAACACCAAACGUACGUUCCGAUACAAACCGAACAUAUUGACAAAGAAAUACUUAGAAUUCUUCAAUGUACGACAGAAUUUAAAUAGACCUAUCUUCGCUGACGGUGACGACGGUUUUGAGAGUCUCAACGGCUACAACUCCCACGGCAGCGACGGAGAAAUCAGGAACAGAGACACGGAUAGGAAGCCACGCGAGCAAAUAAAAGAAAAGCCGGCAGAGGAAAACGAUCCGAAAAUAAUAGCGUCGGAAGAAAAAGCAGAAAGCGCGAAAACAAGCAAAGAUGAAGAAGACAAAUUCGUGGACCAUGAAUCAGAUAGCGCCACAACGAAUCACGGCAAAAGGGUCGGCGUGAGAUUUAGGAAAUCUUGGGCCAAAAACUCCGUCCACGAAUCAACGGACGAAGAUUACAAUCUUAAAGCCAAACAAAAGAAACUAAAUAACUACCAGAGUUCGUCAUCGGACGGUGAGUGUUCGGCUUCAGCACCAUCUAUCGCUUUACCGUCACACCAUACUAUGUCAGACUGGGUUGGCCAAAUUACUAACAGUGAAGAGAGCAGUUACGGAUCCCAAUCCGAAGCCGGUCACUCGGAUGUGUUUCAUUACACAGCCGACAGCUCUUGGGAUCCGUUCGCUAUUUUGGAUCCUUCCAGCGACACUGUGAAAUGUACAAUGUGGGAGCGUGGUUGUACUCUGCGCGCUGAAUUGUCAGCUGUUGAUAUAAGUUGGUACGUGGUGGCUCGGGCGGAGCGCGCUAUGUCCGACGGCGGGGUCUGGCCGGGGCUGUUCAUGGCGAGCCUAGUGGCUGUAGUGUCACCCUUUAUGAGACUUGUACAGGUGGCUAUAGAGAAGGACACGCGCAGUGAAGAUGAGCUGCAGAACAUUUCUCUCAUCAGCUACAUUCCAUCUCUUGUGGUGAACUAUACCCAGGGCUCGAUGGUUUGCGUUUUCAACGGAGCUCUCGGAGACAGCUUUUGGGAGAUAUCAUCGAACGUACUAUCAUGUGUAUUACGUUUCGCUCUAAGCGCUCUAGUGUUCUUCCUCCUGGCGGUCGCUGAGCGCGCCUACAAACAGAGAUUCCUUUACGCAAAGCUUUUCUCACAUCUAACGUCGGCGAGGCGAGCCAGGAAAUCAGAAUUGCCGCAUUUUAGAUUAAAUACAGUCAGAAAUAUAAAGACGUGGCUGUCAACUAGAUCAUAUCUGCGGCGUCGUGGACCGCAGAGGUCGGUGGAUGUGAUAGUAUCGGCUGCUUUUAUGUUGACCCUCACAUUACUUGCUUGUGUCAGCGCACAACUAUUAAGGGACUCGGUUACUCUCGAGAGGGGCUGGUUGUUAGAAGCUAUGGUUUGGAGCUGUUGCCUCGGUAUAUAUCUCCUUCGUCUGCUCACCCUCGGCAGUAACGUGAACAGGAAGUACCGCGGAUGUCUCUCAGCGAUACUCACAGAACAGAUCAACUUACAUCUGGCGAUAGAACAGCGACCCGAGAGCAAAGAACAACUCACCGUAGCCAACAAUGUCCUUAAAUUGGCCGCAGAUUUGCUAAAGGAAUUGGAUUCGCCGUUUAAGAUAUCAGGGAUAUGUGCAAAUCAUUAUCUCUACACCAUAACUAAAGUCGUGAUACUCUCCGCGCUGUCUGGAGUCUUGUCUGAAAUGUUAGGAUUUAAGUUGAAAUUGCACAAAAUUAAAAUUAAAUAAAUUCUGUAGAUAACGAAUAUAAUGGAUUCUUGUGUAGUUCAAUGUUUUUAAUUAGUUUAGCUGAUAUUUAAUUUCGAUAUUGUCUAUGGGAUCUUUAAAUAUUAAUUAUCUGUAUUCCCUAAAUCCAAUGAAGUUGACAGAAAAAUCGACUUACAAACAAGAUCAGGUAAUAUAAUCUGAUAGGACUCCGACGAGGGUUGUUUAAGACAAUAGUCUAGAAAAUAAUUUUUAAUUAUAACUCAUUAAUGUUCACAUCGGAUGAAGCUUAAAAUAUAGAAACUAGAUAGAGAAAUUUUAUAGGAAAAAUCUUAAUAAUCUGAUAUAGAUCUCAUAUACUAAGCCUAGUAAUAUUUUAAGAGUAACAAAAUGGGGCAUUAAAAAAUAAAUUUACUUUCGCUAUAAUAAAAUCAACAAUUAAUAUCAAUUUAUGCUUGUUUAGAUAAAUAAUUUUUUAUAUAAAUAUAAAAUGAAUUUUUCUUCUUUUAUCACAUGCUACUUAAUAAUAAAAUAACUUAUUGCAUUAUGAAAUCUCUUGAACUAUCUUGCCAUUAGUAAACUAGUUUUGUAAUCAUUGCAUUUACCACUCAUUUUUAUACAUGGCAAUUCAUACAUUGACUACAUUCUACAACAUAAAAGUUUUGAUCUCACCAGUCAUAAAGUAGAUGAAUUUUUAUGAAAAUAUUGUUUAGUAUAAGAUCAUUACUUUAUGAUCUUAACAAUAGUAGAAUACGAAAAAAAAUUUUUUUUUUAAACCAUUUAGUUAAAGAAUAAGUUUGAAUAUAUUUUUUUAUUGUUCCUUUUUUAAUAAAAAUAUCACCGUAAGUGAUUGAAAGUGGAAACAGCUUAUGUAAAACCUUAGUUCCUUUAUUAAAAAAAAGUGCUAACUCAAAUUUAAAAAAAAAAACUUAUCUAUGUUUCCAAUGCAUAGAGAGCAUAUGGAAUAAUAAAAAAAAAACAAUUUUUAUACAUAAUUACUGUAUGUAUCGGUGCUUAUUCUGUUAUUUUUUAUUCGUUUAAGUCUAGGGUUGCCUGUAUUGUAUGUCUUAUCUCAUAGGUAGCAUCAAAUGCGACUUAAAUAAAUUUUAAAAAACA